AUGGAGGAUGCGGAGCAGGAGGUGGCAUCGCAAGCGUCUGGUACGUCACUUUCGGAUAGUGAACCAGAGGCGGUCGCCCUGUACUCAGGCAAACUCAGAGCGCUGAAAGUGCAAGUGAAGUCGGACUUCACCAACGCGAGAAGGACCCUGAUCGUCGAUCUCCGUCGGGUCAGUUCCGGUGAGUUGUCAUUUGAUCAGGUAGCAAGCUCACCCGUGUUGACUGAGUGUUACGAACGAGCUGCAUCCGUAAUUGCCGAGCUCGUUAGUGUUUACACCACGGAGGAUAACAAUAGUCAGGCAGAGAAGAUGUUGAGAGAACUUGAGAAGUUGCAAGAAGAAUAUGCAGAGGCAUCGGCCAUGAUUGUUGAGUAUGGCAGAGGCGCAGUAGAAGACCCCGUCCCUAGAUCUAGGAGGCUGUAUGCAGCACCUCACGAUAGUUCGCAUGACGAAAGGUCAAUUCAGUUUCAAGAUAGUAGAUACGACGCACGCACACGUGGGGCUAGCCCGUAUUUACCGUUACAGAGACGAUCGCUGAACUCGCGUCAGCUUUCGCAGAGCCUGAGUGAUUUAUCCAUUCAGGGACCCCGAGAUGCCGUGAACGUAGCUGCCGCCAUUCACGAGGAGCACCACGCACCAGUUCAGGGAUGGCCGCAAGCUAGUGAUGAAAGGCGAACGCCAACCGGCCUGAGCGCGGAUGGGGGAGAUCAAACGAAAGAAAUCCAAAUCUCCUCAGAGCACGAACAGCAGUCUCAGAGAGAAGUCCCGCAGGUCACGCAGACAGCAGUGGCAGCUCCGCCACCCGCCACGAGUUCGUGUGUCGUACCGCAAACCUCGUCAGUUGCAGGACUCGUGGUGGCGCCGACCGCCUCAAGUGCAACAUCCGCUACGAAGACGCAAGCUCCGCGCCAACCACGCGGUGCAGCAGAAGUCACAACACGUGCGACCGCGAGCACUUCGUAUAGUGCACAAUCUAGCAGUGCAAGUCGGCCUGCCGCGGGCAGGCAGCAUCAGGCAAGUCAGGGCAUCGCAGCCCACGCAUCGCAGGCAUCGAAAGUGAGGUCGACGCAUUCACAGCCUGCCACUCGGCAGCACUUGACCAGUGCAAGUGCAUUUUCUAUGCCAAGGAUCUACCCUACCCCUGGUGCGAAUCCUGCAUCUGCUAGUGCAAGCUACAUAUACAGCAGUAGUAGUUAUGGUGCUAACAGCUACAGUGCCAUGCCAAGUAUGCAAUUCAGUAGUCCCAACCAGUAUGGAACACAGCAACCUAUGUGGACAGGCAACAACAUCACGCAGCCUAGCUAUGCAACCUAUAGCAACGUCCCACAAAUGGUCGCACAGACACCAAGCAUGACAACUCAGCAUGGUCUAGCCUUACCUGCUGCAGAGUCCACCACCAUGCCACAACCGCAGAGUGCACUGACGGCACCUCACCAACCGGAACCAUGGCGUCAGCUGAAGCAGAUCGGCAUUCCGACAUUCAACGGCGACAAAAGAAAAUUCGAGUCUUGGCGUGCGGCGUUCAUGGCAUGCAUAGACGCAUCUCCGGCAGCACCAGAGUACAAGCUACUGCAACUCAGGCAGUACCUAGUCGGCGACCCACUGGACUCCAUCGAUAGCUUAGGCUAUUCCCCUGCUGCGUACGAGGCCGCCAAAGCGCUACUGGUCAGGAAGUAUGGCGGAGAACGCAGGCGUGUCGCGAUCCACGUAGAAGAAAUCGAGCAGUUCGGUAAGGUUGGCUACAACAGAGCGUCCGAGUUCGAGAAAUUCACGGAGCUCCUCGAGGUAGUAGUCAUCAACCUGAAAGACAGCGGCCGGGCCGCAGAACUGGAGGCUGGUACGUUCUACCAGAAGCUCCUCCGUAAGUUCGACGAACGUGUGCUUGCACAGUACCAUCGAUGGCGGUAUGAUCGGCAAGUAGAAGAGUCCGUCGAAGCCCUGCUCGAAUGGGCACGAGUAGAAUCAGAGCUAAUGAUGAUCUCGGCAGAAACGGUGAGCGGCGUAGCAGUAAAAACCACGCCCCAACAGCAGCAACCACCCCGAGAUAACCGGUUCCAGAGGCGUAGUGCUCCGCCUAGUCGCAACCACGCAUAUCAUGCUCAACAGAAGAGCGACGUCAACUGUGCAGUAUGCAAAGGCGCACAUCCCCUGUGGAAGUGUGCGGCAUUUAAGGUCAUGUCGGUCAAUCAGCGUUGGCGGCUCGCCAAGCAGAGCAACGCGUGCUUCCGGUGCUUGGGCAGUGGCCAUGCUGGCAAGGACUGCCCCCGUGAUCGUGAGUGCCCGGUUAGUGGAUGCAUCAAACAUCACCACCCGCUGCUCCAUGGCAGCAAUGUUACCGGCAGCGCACAGCCAACUCCGGAAGCUGAGAAGCCCGCACCCCAGACAUCACUGGUCACGACUGUCACAGAGGGGGAGCCAGAAGCAGCGACACAUGUGGCACAAGGGCGCCGGACGGACCGUGUAGCUCUACGGACAAUCCCGGUGACACUGUGCAACGGUCAGCAGUCAGUGACUGUCAACGCUUUGCUGGACGAUGCCAGCACUGUGACGUAUGUGCACACUAGUAUCGCCACUCGACUCGGUUUGAGUGGCAAACGCCAACGGACGACGGUCAGCACGCUCAAUGGCAAGCUGGAGACGUUCGAGACUAUGCCAGUAGACAUCGAGCUGAGGAGUGUUGAUGGCAACUUGAAGCAGACGAUCACGGCGUACACCACCGACAAAUCCGUGACUGGCGACCUUCGCGCAGUCGACUGGCUAGAAGAGGCUAGUAACUACCCGCACCUGAGGGAGAUUCCAUUCCCAGCGGUGGGAGAACACGACACUGUAGAUAUGCUGAUCGGCAGUGACCAAGUCCAGCUGCACGUAUCGACGCGUGACGUCAUUGGUGAACCUGGGCAACCUGUCGCUAGGUUAACACCGCUCGGAUGGACCUGCGUAGGGAAGCUCAGAGCACCCAACUCCAAGCAGACGCAGGGCCCACAGCCCAACCGUUCGUACUACGUCGGUGGAGACAAGUCAAUUGCAGGAGUCGAGCAAGCCCUGCAACAGUUCUGGAAGGUCGACAGCUGUGGCGUCGAGACGGACAAUGCGGCUCCAGGACCAACAUCGGCAGACGAGGCCGCAGCGGUGAAAUUAGUGGAAGACUCCACGCGGCUAGUAGACGGCCGGUAUGAAGUAUCGAUACCAUGGAACAGUCGUAAGGCGGAGUUAGUCAACAACGUUGAUAUGGCGACUAAGCGGCUGGAGUCAACACGUCGACGACUGCAACGUGAACCGCAAGUAGCCCGAGCAUACGCCAGAGUGAUCCAAGAUUACCUCGAGAAAGGAUAUAUCACCGACGUCACUGACGAAGCGCCUACCGACCAAUGCUGGUAUCUGCCACACUUCGCCAUUGUGCGGCCACAGAAGACGACAACUAAGGUCCGGAUUGUGUUUGACGCAGCCGCCUCCUACCACGGCAUCUCACUUAACGACGCCAUCCACGCCGGCCCGAAGUUGCAGCGAGACCUUUGCGAUGUUCUCACCCGGUUCCGAAGAAAGCCCAUCGCCGUUGCCUGCGACGUAGCAGAGAUGUAUCUGCAAGUUUCAAUACGCCCCGAGGACAGGCCGUACCACCGCUUUUUGUGGCAGGACCCGGCCUCCGAUGGUCCGGUCAAGAAGUACCAGUUCAACCGCUUAGUCUUCGGUGUAAACGCGUCGCCAUUCUUGGCUCAGUAUGUCGCCCGCCAAGUCGCGGACGCAAGCGUCGAUACCCACCGAUCAGCAGCAGAGGCCAUCCUGGACAGUACGUACAUGGACGAUACGAUGGACAGUACUGCCACGGUCGCCGACGGUACCAAGCUCCAUGACGACCUAAUGGAGCUGUGGGGGAAGGCAAGCAUGCGACCGAGAAAGUGGUUAUCCAACUCGACUGCGUUGCUGAGUACGAUCCCAGAAGAAGAACGCGCAGCGGAUGUCGACCUGACGGUGGGAGACCUACCAUCGGUAAAAACGCUCGGAGUGACAUGGUCUGCCCUCGAUGACGAGUUCACGUUCCGCGUGCAGCAACCGGAUCUGCCCAAGCGUAUCACAAAGCGCUACCUCUUGCAGCGGACAGCAGCCGUAUUCGACCCACUCGGCUUCAUAUCGCCGUUCGUCGUUCGAGGCAAGAUGCUGAUGCAGGAAUGCUGGAUGAGUGGCGUCGACUGGGACGAGCAACUUCCCGACGCGAUAGUUGAUAAAGCCCAGCAAUGGUUCCAAGAGUUGAGCGAGCUCAGCAACGUCCGAGUCCCGCGUCAAUUUGAAGCAUCGACCGGCAAGCUCGAGCUGCAUGCAUUCUGCGAUGCGUCCAGCGAAGCCUAUGGAGUUGUUCUGUAUGCGAGAAGUGUGCGCGAAGAUGGAACAGCGGAGUGCAGAUUCCUCGUGUCGAAGAGUCGUGUCGCGCCCACCGCCGCUACCAGCAUUCCCCGGCUCGAGCUCAUGGCGGCAGUUCUCGGCCAUCAGGUUGCCACUCGAAUGAGUAAAGUGCUCGACGUGCCACUUAGUACUGUCACCUUCUGGAGCGAUAGCACGACGGUCCUCCACUGGAUUCGUAGCUACAGUCGGCGGUUCAAACCAUUCGUCGCGAAUCGCGUCAGCUACAUCCAGCAGCGUACCGCACCGCGACAGUGGCGCUACGUCCCUACGGGACAGAACCCAGCUGACCUGGCAUCACGAGGAGCUUGCGUCAACGACCUGGUCAACGCAGACCUAUGGUGGCAAGGACCGGCGUUUUUGAGCAACGGCUCAACCUGGCCAGCCACGGAGCUAAAGGAUACUUCGGGGUUGAGCGACGACCCGGAAGUUCGCAAGGCAGCUGUGCAGGCGUCUGAGAGCGCAUUCGUGACGCAGCAGAUCACCGUCGUGCAACCAAGCCGCUACUCCAACUGGACGAGACUUGUGAGAGUUCAGAGACUUGUGAGAGUUCAGGCAUGGAUCAACCGGUUCGUCAAUAACUGCAGACAAGGGGACCGCGUCAGCGGAGAGCUAAACAUCCAAGAGUUGGAAGCGGCGGAACUUGCCAUCAUCUACGGAGCGCAGCAGGAUGCAUUUGGUGACGACAUCAGCGCACUGAAGAAGGGGAAGACUCUGCCAGCAGCAUCGCGGUUAGCAAAGAUGUGUCCGCGACUGGAUGAGGAUGGCCUACUACGUUGUGACGGCCGCACCCGCCUAGCUGACUGGCUCCCGUACAGCACGCGCUUCCCGAUCAUUCUACCCCGGAAACAUGAAGUUACGUCGCUAAUCGUGAAGCACCACCACGAGCUGCGACAGCAUGGUGGCACGAACGAGACGCUCGCGGCAUUGACAGAACGGUUCUGGCUGGAGUCUGCCCGAGAGGAGAGCCAGUGGGAAGCUGAAUGCAUGGUGUGCCGACGUCGCAAAGCCAGGACGGCAGAGCAAGUUAUGGCGCCGUUGCCGAAGGUCCGGCUCGCUACACCGUUGAGAGCCUUCGCUAGAGCCUCGGUAGACUAUGGCGGCCCAUACUUAACGAAACAAGGGCGAGGACGCAGCCAAGCCAAACGUUACCUCUGCGUUUUCACCUGCCUGCUAACCCGAGCCGUACACUUCGAGAUGAGCUACGGCCUCGACGCCAGCUCGUUUCUUAACGCGUUCUCAAGGAUGGUCGCGCGCCGUGGAAAACCGCUGGAGAUCAUUUCAGAUAAUGGGACGAAUUUCGUGGCAGCCGAUCGUGAGCUGAGGGAACUGGUGGAGGCUCUGGAUAACGACGCAGUUUUCAAGUCCCUGGCCAACCGUGGGGUGGCUUGGAAAUUCAACCCGCCGCUAGCCCCGCAUUUCGGCGGAGUCCACGAAGUAAUGGUUAAGGCGGCGAAACGCGCCCUCAAGGCAGUUCUCGGCAAUGCUGACCUGACGGAUGAGAUGCUGGCAACUGCGCUCACGAACGCCGAAAGCCUUAUGAACAGCAGACCGCUCACGUACCAGUCGGCCAGCCCUGACGACAGCUCGCCGCUAACGCCGAACCACUUUCUGACGGGUCAGAUGGGCGGUCAGUUCGCCCCAGAAAGCGUAGACACCACAGGUUUCCACCCCAACCAGCGAUGGCGGCAAGUUCAAGACGUGGUGAAGCAGUUCUGGCGGCGCUGGCUCAAGGAGUGGGUGCCGACUCUCAACGCGAGACGGAAGUGGCUAAAAGAACGGAGAGACGUGGCAGCAGGAGACAUCGUCUUGGUAUUGCAACCGGAUGCACCACGUGGGCACUGGCCACUCGGACGCGUCAUGGAGACCAAGCCGGGCCCAGAUGGUCACGUGCGUGUUGUGGAGGUGCAAGUCGGCGGGAAGCGAAUCACCCGUCCCAUCACCAAGAUCUGCCCGCUAGAUGCAUAG